CACAUCAUAAGGCUUGGGUGCUAGCAUCAGUGACAGGUGAAGUACAGACAGCAGGUUGCUCAUGUAUUGCAGGGCCAGGACGAUCUUGUAGUCAUGCAGCAGCACUUUUGUGGAAGGUCAGUAAAGUAUGGACUAUUAGGGGCACAGACAUUGUUUAUUGUAUUGUGAUAUUAAUAAUAAAUGUUACGUUACUAAACUGAAAUGUUUACUGUGUCAUUCAUGUUCUGCAUAUGUUGUUUUACUGUAGCCGUCAGUCACAAUCUUGUAGGAUAAGAUUUAAUUUCAUUGGAUUUAGGUUGAAAAUGCAGUGAGGCAGGGCAAGACAGGGAUGGCAAGCACUGAUGUGCAAAGAAAUUGGAAUUCUGGUGUAAAGAAGAAUGUAGGUCUGAAGAAGGUUAAGCACAUUAAUUUUAACCAUCACAGACCUAGCCACAUAUAUCCAGGCCCAUCACUACGUUCAAUGCAAGAAUUAACCUCCCCACAACUUUUUAAGAACCAUGGAGAGUUCAUAGACCACAGCAAUUCAUCCGUGAUGGCCCCACUGUUUAAGCUCCAGACAAAUGGUCUUCUUCAGUUGAGUUACAGAGCAGAUGUAGACACCAGCCAGGCAGGCCUCCGCAAACAUGAUCCAGCCCACAAUAACACACUCUGUCAUACUGAACACAGCACAACCCUCACCUGUCCAAAGUGCACCAAGUUUUAUGAGGACUGCAUCAAAGUGUCCCAUGUGCAAGCAGAUACACUGAUGGAAGAAACCAGGAUGCAGAGUUCUUCACAGUUAUGGCAUGAUGCUAGAAAGCUGCGUAUAACAGCCAGCACAGCAAAAAAAGUCCCAAAAAGGAGCACCACUGAUCCCAGAAAAUUUCUAAAGGAGCAUCUGUACCCAACCUUCACCGGCAAUACAGCAACGCAGCAUGGCAAAGAAAAUGAGAUCAAGGUCAUCACACUCAUGGAGAGCAGAGGGCAUACUGUGGAGAAGAGAGGCCUGGUUGUGCACCCUGACUAUCCUUGGUUGGGAGCCAGUCCAGAUGGGAUCCUUGAUUCAACACAGCUCCUUGAGAUCAAGUGCCCCUUCCAGAGUUGCAUGUCACUGACAGAAUUUCUGGGACGGCCAAAUGGUGACAUUAAAAGAUUAGGUGAUGAACAGUACCUGAUCCUUCCCAAAGGAAAGAAUGGAUACUACCUGCAGACACAAUUGACCAUGAUGUGUCUGGGCCUACAGAGCUGCAAGCUGGUCAUCUGGACACCAAGUGAGGACAUUGAAAUGGACAUUCCAUUUGACAAAAACUACACAGAUGCACAAGUUCAACAAUUGCAGAAUUUCUACUUUUUACACAUGCUACCUAGAUUGGCUGAUGAUUUUGCUGACAAGAAGAUGAAUCUCUGCCCAACAUACCUGCAAAUCUUUAAUGAGUAGUUGAGGCAGGGUUUACACUGUAUAAUCAGUUGUAUUGGUUGUAUAUUCUGAAGAAAUCUACCUACACAAAGACAGUGUAAUGCUGUUUCACUAGUUUAAAUAGAAAACAAAAGAAUUUUUCAGUUCAUUGAC